CUGUGCCCACUUUUUAAUGUAGGCUGGCGAUUAAGAAGUGAUUAUUGUUCUCCAUUUUAGGCCUCAAUUAUUUGAUUAUUUGCUCUAGAAAAAAAAAAAGAUAAAAAUCAGGAUUUGAGGAUAUGACUUGGAGAUAGACUUCAAAUCUUUUCAAGCAUUCUGAUUGGCUAAUCCCCAAAACACAAAAUAUCUCCAACCACAAUUUCCACUUGUGCAAUAUUAGCCACCCACGUAGGAUUCUCACUUUGUCUAUACAAAUAACAACCACUUCUCUGUUUAGAACCAUCCAGAUUUUGGCCAGCACAGAAUAUUAAAAAUUAAGUGUAAGAAAAUGGCAUCAAUGGCAGCAACAGCUAGCUCCACCACAGUUGUUAGAGCAACUCCAUUCUUGGGUCAAACCAAGAAUACUAACCCUCUUAGAGAUGUUGUUCCCAUGGGCUCUGGCAAAUUUACCAUGAGUAAUGAUUUGUGGUAUGGACCAGACCGUGUCAAGUACUUGGGACCCUUUUCUGCUCAAACUCCUUCAUACUUGACCGGAGAAUUCCCUGGUGAUUACGGAUGGGACACUGCUGGUUUAUCUGCUGAUCCCGAGGCCUUUGCCAAGAACAGAGCUCUUGAGGUUAUCCAUGGGAGAUGGGCAAUGCUUGGUGCUCUAGGUUGCAUUACCCCAGAAGUUCUUGAAAAAUGGGUGAAGGUGGACUUCAAAGAACCAGUAUGGUUCAAAGCAGGAUCACAAAUCUUCAGUGACGGUGGACUUGACUACUUGGGCAACCCCAACCUUGUCCAUGCUCAGAGUAUCCUAGCUGUGCUAGGUUUCCAAGUGGUGCUUAUGGGACUUGUUGAAGGUUUCAGAAUUAAUGGACUUCCCGGAGUUGGAGAAGGCAACGAUUUAUACCCUGGCGGCCAAUACUUUGACCCACUCGGCUUAGCUGAUGACCCUACAACAUUUGCAGAACUCAAGGUGAAGGAGAUCAAGAACGGAAGAUUGGCGAUGUUCUCCAUGUUCGGAUUCUUCGUUCAAGCUAUUGUCACCGGCAAAGGCCCUCUUGAGAACCUAUUGGACCACCUUGACAACCCUGUUGCUAAUAAUGCUUGGGUUUAUGCCACUAAAUUUGUUCCUGGAUCUUAAGAUUUAUGUUUCAAUUCUUCUAAAGUACUUUUGUGUAACUGAACCAUUGAGAAAUGCAAAUAUGCUGUAGAUGAAAUAAUUUUGAGUUGA